GUAUUGUGUAUCUAAUAUCAAUAAUAUAUUUUCUCCCGUGCUUUCUCACAAGCUUUAUAUAACAUCUGGAAUGAUGGAUUAUAAUAUGGAAGAGAUGCCUCCUCCAAAUGAUUUAUUAGCAAAUAAUGAAACCCAAGUGUCUUAGAUGCAGUACACUAAAUUUGCAACUUUUGAGUAAAAGCAUUCUUCAAAUGGUUUAUCAGCAGUAACACUUGUAGCUUUUCACUAUCUAAUGUAGGAUCUUAGACAAGAUUGUAUGACUACUUAUUUCAAAUUCAGUAUAUAUGACUAGCAAAAUCGGUGGCUUUUUGAUAGUGGUUAUCACUUUGUGUUGACAACGGCUAAUAUGAUUCUUAAUUUGUUCAGCAAGUAUGUCAACAGCUUCAUGUUUUAUGGUCAGCUCCAUUUCGUAUGGUCAUCGCCAUGGUUUUACUUUACCAGCAACUAGGUCUGGCUUCACUUCUUGGUGCUCUUAUGCUAGUAUUGAUGAUCCCAAUGCAGACGAUUAUUGUAAGCAAUAUGCGAAAACUAUCUAAAGAAGGAUUGCAACAUACUGACAAAAGGGUUGGUCUAACUAAUGAAUUACUUGCUGCAAUGGAUGUAGUAAAAUGUUAUGCAUGGGAGAAGAGCUUCCAAUCUAAAGUCCAGGGAAUGAGGAAUGAUGAACUAUCUUGGUUCAGGAAAGCACAACUAUUGGCAGCGUUCAACAAUUUCAUGCUGAACAGCAUCCCAGUUCUCGUAACAGUGAUUUCAUUUGGAGCUUUCACUUUGCUUGGUGGAAAUUUGACAGCUGCCAGAGCUUUUACAUCACUUUCCCUCUUUGCAAUUCUGAGGUUCCCGUUGAACAUGCUUCCGAACAUAAUAACUCAGGUUCUUAUUCUUAGCUUACUGUUUUUGACCUUUCUUAUAACAACAACAACAACAACCCAGCAUAAUACCAUUAGUGGGGUUUGGGGAGGGUAG